CUCAUAAAUACUACUUUAAAACAAAUUUCAUUCUCAAACAUACAUGUUUAUGCCUCCAUGUAGGUGCAACAACGAAAAGUAAAGCAUGCUAUGGACAGAAUGGUCUCCCAUGCGCUCAGCAUAACAUCAGCUGCAGCAGCAACAAGAAGAUCGCCAUCUAUGACGCCUACUACACCGACAAUGUAGCGUGUACACUGGUAGGUAUCUCUAACUGCGUCACCGUGAUUCCGGACAAUUUGACAGAACAUGGAUAUCACAGGUUCAACAACAACGAGAUGAUGUCCCUCUACAAGAACUGUUCAACAGCGACUCGGUGUGUGUAUCAUGCUCCCCGACGGCUGCCUGGUCGUGCAUUUUCUGUUGUGAAAUAUCACUGCAUUGACAACGGUGAUUCCUUAAACAUCAGCGGGGGUUCUGCAGAGGGUUUAGGUCAAGUCUCCCUCAUCCACAGAGACAAAGUGUUGCACAGUUCUACAAUACAAAACAACACGUAUGUGUGUAGCUUCAAGUCUAACCUCAAUACUGAAAGCAUAUCAGUGUACGUCCUUGAUGCGAGGUUGGGACAAGGAACUCCAGGGCAAUGCUUAUCACAGCUAUCUGUCCUGCAUGAGAGCUACAUCUCAACAAGUAAUUGUUCAACAGAGUUCCAACCGUUUGAGAGACUGGACGUAGCACUGGAAUCCCUCCUACACAUUUACUCCAAAGAUAUCCCAAGGCUGUCUUCGGGAUUAAUUUGGCUUCUGGUCAAUGCAUCCGACCCUUUUGAUGUAAAGUGUGAACCAGUGGCCAGUACAGGAGGAAUCACCACUGAAUCAACUAAUGACAGGUCUCCUGCAUCCACACCUUCAACAAAACCAAGGGACAUCACAACUCGGCCAUAUAAGGACGAAAUUCCCAUGCCCACCUCUUCACGAUUCCCACCUGGUGUGUUUAUGGGAGGGGUGGCUGCCGGAGCAGUAAUUGUCAUCCUGGUCAAUCUUGCAGUGUAUGUCCUCGUUAUCAGGCGUCGGUACGAUCUGACUCCGAAGAAACAAGGAGACAGGCCAGCGUCUGUUGAACACCCCACUUACUCUGGCCUGUCAGCUGGAGGUGAUGUCAACAAUUAUACCAGUAUCGAACUCACCUCAUCAUCUCAAGAGGAUACUGCACAUGGGUCAGCAGCUACCCCAGAUUACCAAAACAUGUGAUUUAUCUUUUUAAUCCAUUUCAUCAGUCGCGAAUUUGUAAAUGCAACACAGCCAAGACAGAUAUCUUUCAAUUGGAAAUCGUCUUAUAGCCAUCCCAGUGAUGUAGCUAGAUCACUUCAGAUACGGAAUUGGUGAGUGAUGCGGCCACACCUUCAGACGGUGACUCUAAUGAUGACGACAACUGCGACGACGACGAUUAUGAUGACAAUAAACCUGCACCUGAUGCAUACUAACCUGAAAGUGUUGGCUCUGAGAGUGGCCGUCCCCUGUAUGGUGAUCUACCUUCAGUCGUUGGCAAUCUAUAGCCUGUUUUUUAUAUUGUAUUGUCACUCACUCACUCAAAUAUUUUAGAUUUAAUUGCU